CACGGUCGAAGUAAGUCGCGUACACAGAAACUUUCUAUUCAAGUUUCGUUAGCUAAGUAGCGUCAGUAUGGAAAGUAAACGUCGAAAAGUCAUUCGUAGCGAGAGUCGUGAAAUGAUCGCCAAGGUUUACCAUUUCCUAAAAGAAGAAUAUGCAUUCAUGGCAGCUUAUAACAAUGACAAGUGUGAUUUGACUCCUUUACGCAAUAUUCGACAGCGCACUGCUGAUGCGACCGGUGUGAGCACAGGCACUGUCACCCGAAUACUGAAACAAGAAAAGAAUCUGCCUUCCCCAACGUCACAAUUUACUUCAUCAAAGAAAAAACAUUCUAAAAAGGAAAAUGAAGUCAAUUUAGUGGAAAUAUACAUUAAACAAGAAAAAUCUGACGAAACUGACACCGAUGGUUAA